AUGUGGAUUUGCGCAAUAUUUCCUGAGGCCAUCGCGUUCUACGCAUAUGUACAGAUGCGUGAGGCAAAAUCGGUUUAUGAUAUGUGGUGCGAGCACUUUGGGAUCACACCCGGGAGUGAUCGGGAUCGUAUGGGAAUGCAGGGAGGAUUCUUUGUGGUUAUGGGGGGAAUUGCCGUACACGAAAACAAGAACACCGGACGUAUGACCACCUUGACACCUUCGGGAUUCAGGGAAUAUACACUAUCGGGCAAAAUACCUGAGGACGCUCUUGAUAAGAAAUUCAUCAUUGACAAGGGAAAUGCCUCUAUAAUUACCAAAAUACUGGUCUUCACUCAGGCCUCUUGGAUGACUGUUCAGUGCAUUGGGCGGAAGGUAGCUGGCUUACCACUUACCUUGAUUGAGAUUCAUGUUGUCAUCCAAAUUUUCUUUGCCCUGAUAACUUAUGCAUUCUGGUGGUACAAACCCUUGGAUGUCGAUGAACCCUUACGAAUUGAUAUACGCCGCGACCAGGGAAGCUCAUGGGGGGACAAGAGGCGCCUUGAAAUAUCUUCAUCUGAAUAUACGGCAGCCACAACUCUAAUGGGAUUCUCUCAUUCCUCGGAUUUUCCUGAUGAAGACAGUACAACAUAUCAAGCCGACGCUCACUUCCGUACUGAAUCUCCGCGGUCGCUCUGUAUAUGCCAGGCUUGGAAGGCCUGGUAUGAUAUGAUAGAAACUAUUCUCGGGACUGGGGAGGGUACUCUCGCAGGAUCAAUAUCGGCAGCUGCCAACGGUAGCCUCCACAUGUUUGCAUGGAACUCCCAGUUUCCAACCGUUUCAGAAUGUUGGCUCUGGCGAAUCUCAUCUCUUAUAUUAGUGUUCACUAUGCCGGUGUGCUUGGCGUCGGUCAAACUUUUUGGGUUUGAUGAGGAAGUCUUGCGUGAUUUUUGGGAACUGAGCUUUGAAGAUAAGGAUACAACAAUCUUCAGACACCUUGCUAGAGUAUGUCGUCGGUGUUGCACAACUCUCGAGGAAGUUGCCGAGAGGUCCAGUAAGCAGAUGGCUUAUGGAUAUUCAUUGGCAAUACUUAUCGUUGCUCUUUCGGGAGCUAUGGCCACACUUAACUUCUUUGGUUUCAUGUUCAUUUUGGUGGAGUCGAUCAUCAGUGUGCGCAGUCUUCCUAAAGGAUCCUAUUCAACCCCUACCUGGAGCAACUAUUGGCCGCAUAUUUGA